AUGUGGAUCUGCCCUGGCAUUGGGUUGUGGCAUGUUCAUGGCCACCACACAGAAUGCUUUGCACAACAUGCUCCCAAUUUCAUUGUGGGUGCUGGCUGGGUGGAUGGGGAGAUCAUGGUCACCUUGUGGUCCUCCCUGAAUAUCAUUCCCCCAUCUGCUAGAGGCAUGGCUACUCCCCAUCAGCAUAUCAGGAAGCAAAAAAAUGGUUUAAACCUCAAUUUCCUGAAAAUGGUCAGAAUGCAUCAGUCUACAAUGAGACUCAAGCAGAAACCCAAGGUUGCUGAGGAAUCUUAUUUAGUGGUUGAAGGCAGGUUUUCUGAUUUGAAUGGUAAUGUCCCACCAGCAAUCAGCCAAUCAUGGGGGGAAGAAGCAGAAGUGGCAUUGGAAAACCAGCUGUCAAGGCCACAGGCCAUGGAUAUAUAUGAGGUCAGGCUGCAGAAAGCUCCCUCUGCAAAGGCAAUCAAGAUAGAUUUACUGGCCAUCCCCCAGCCAGGGCAUUCACAGGGUAUGGUGACCUGGAUUGCGAAGGCAUUGAAGAUAGAGGAAGCACAAAUCCAGCUUACAGUGGCAUGCUGGCACAUCACCUCAAGAGCAACAGAAGCUCAAAAUCUCACCAUUGCACAUCACCAUGAUUGUCUCCAGUCCCAUAUACACAGCAUUUUCAACACUGCCAAAAAACUAUUUGGGGACAGAUUUGAGGAUGCCAAGCUGUUCUGGUCAUCUAACCCACAUGAUCCAGAAACCAUUGCAUUGCUGCUGCCAUCCAAUGUUGGCAAAUAUCAUUUUGAAAGAUCUGGCCUGGGGUAUGUGACAAUAAUGGAGCUGCAACUGUGGCAAGGACAGGCCAAUGAUUGUCUUCAUGAACUGUGGCUUGUGCUUGCAGAGAAGGCAGUCAUCUUUCGAACUGACAUUCACCAUGGAAGUAAUUACCACAUGGCCACAUACACCUGGGGAAGGGUGGCCAAUGCUGAAGCAGCAGUGCAAUGUCAUGCCACUGUGUACUGCUGGUGCCACAUUCAAAUGGGCAGGUUAGGGGCCAGGCUGGAUAUCUUGAAUGACUCUGACCUAACUAUCAGCAUGGCAGUAUCUGACCCAAAUGCCAGAGGUCACAGAGACAAUACCCUACCUUGGAUCUGGACAAUGGAUGUACCAAGGGAUAUGGCUGCUAAUGAUUGGAUGUCAGAAUUCUACAGGGCCAAUUGGCUCUGGAUGAGGGCACUGUGGGACAGAUGGAAGGAGGAGGUUCAGCUGUUGAAAUGCAAGCAGGAUUGGACUAAAAACUUCUUUGAAAACAAGGUAAGAUUUUGGAUUGGCAGACAGGCUGCCACAUUGGCAAAGGGACAGGCUGGGCUGGCAUGCUAUGCUGCAUGGCAAUGCCAGAUGUAUGGCAGAUUAGCAUGUCUUCUGUGA